UUCGCAACAACUUCCCCGAGAGUCUGAACUUCUCCGGCUUCGUUCGACGUGCGUAAAGUCGUCGUGGUUGUUUGUUUGAACCGAGAGAAGUCGCUCCAUCCAGCCCCCGAGCAGCAGACAAGGGGGGGGGGGGGGAGUCCGCCGAGAGGAGGGCUGCGCUCCGGCUGCGCACUCGACCGAACUCGGCCUCCUCGAAUAAGAAACUAAAAACCCUCCACUUCUACGUUUAGCAUUUUGUUUUGGGCUAAUUAACCGUGAGCUCCGUGUGGAGGCUUGGACCCGGAGUCGGGAGCGGUUCUGCGGGUAGAACAACCUCAGGUAUCCAACACGUUUGCUCCGGUGUGUUUGGGGCUCAGUGCUCUAACCCAGCCAUGAGCAUCAUCGGGGCUGAAGAUGAGGAUUUUGAGAAUGAUCUGAAUGAAGCGGGGGAUGAUCAGUGUACACACUUUAACCAUGUAGAGCAGUUGAAGGAUCGGCCGACACACCUGCUGGUCUUCAUGCAACAUGUGUUUCUACAGUUUGACCCUGCUCCCGUGCUCUGUUACCUCCAUGCCGAACUCUUCAAGACCUUCAGUGCCAAAGAGACCAAGAAGCAAUUUGUGGAGUUCUACAACACCUUCUUGGACAAGGGUGCAAUUCUUAGAGUGUCAGUCCCCCAUCAUAUAUCCUAUGAGUUGGACCGGACUCGUCCAGAUCUGUUCUCCGAGGACAUCCAAAAACGCUAUGCUCAGGAGGUUCAGAGCGCACAGGCGGCUGAAGUGGCCAAACAGCUGGAAGACUUCAGGCAGAAGAGGAUGAUGGGUAUGACCCCCAACGAGGCAGAGCUGAUCGAUGUGGAGAGCCACUAUCCCACCGACCGCGUCCCGAUGGAGAUGAAGGAGAAGUCUGUGGCCGAGAACCUGCUGGACAAGAUGUCUGAGACACAACCAACAAUCGUCUCGGACGAGGAAAAAUGCCAAUCCAUCUUCUCAGCGGUCGCCUUCUACAUGAAGCACCUCGGGGUUAAAACCAGAGCCGUCGACAGUAAGAAGUCCAGAGGAGGCUUCUUCAGGAGACAGCUGGUCAAGAAUAAGAAGGAUGAGUCCACAAAGGGCAAGCCGAGGGGGGGGUUUCCUGGCAUCCCCAGCUGGAUUGCAGGCAACACUGAGGUCAAACCUAAAAUGGAGGCUGAAGCGGAAAAGGAUAAAGCGAAUCAGGAGCGCAAGGGUCCAGCUCCUGGCAGAGGCUCCGUGACUGAACCUGCAGUCCUUUCCCUCCCCAGCAGGAAGUCGGGUUCUAGUGGAAACACUGCGUCUGUACCUGGGAUCGAAGUCUGUGACAGCUCAGGCAACAACGUUAGCAUCACCAACACCCCAGAGUCUUCACACAGUGAUGGCCCCUCAAGCAAUCGCUUAGAGCCUCUUACUGGGAUGUGUCCCCCUACGGGGUCGGAGCUGUCCCCCAUCGGACUCGGGAGUGCGUUGACAAUUGGGGAGCCUGUCUCCCCCUGCGACACUCCCACAGAGGAGAAUGUGGAGAAAGACAGACGGAAGACAAGUAGGAAAGUGACUCGUAGCGAAAGUGCUCGUGUGGACCGGCACUCAUCUCGUCGCCGUGGCUCUUCCCGGGCCAAACAGUCCCGUUCCCGUAGUGAUGUGGACCUCCAGCCGCCCUUCUCCACAACAACACCUACUUCGUUCUCUCCCCAGCACCUCCAUCCUUUGGAGGGACCACUUUUAGUUCCUGAAGGCCCCGGCCACUCCCCGACCAGCCCCUCCCCGCAGCUCGAGGAGAUAGAGCCGCGCCUCCUGGAAUUUGAGCAUGACCCACCCAACUGGAGGGACCUGGCUUCCUCCGAAGGUCUGUCCAGCCUCAGUAAGAAGGAGACCAAGAGGCAGGAGGUCAUCAACGAGUUGUUUGCGACGGAGCACGCCCAUGUGCGAAUGCUAAGCGUUCUUCAGAUGGUUUUCUCGAAGCCUCUGGAGAAAGAGGAGAUCCUGACCUCCACUGAGCUGGCUGCCAUCUUCCCCAACUUGGACGAGAUCAUUGAUAUGCACUAUAACUUCUAUGAGAACCUGAAAAAACUGCGUUUGGACGACAACUUCAUAGUCAAAUCCAUCAGCACCACAGUGCUCAACAGGUUUGGUGGUACAGAAGGGGAGUGGUUCCAGAAAUUGACAGCUCGGUUCUGCAGUCACCAGUCGUGGGCCUUGGACCAGAUUAAGAGCAGGCAGAAAAAAGAGGCGCGCUUCAACUCCUUCAUACAGGAUGCAGAGAGUAAGCCUCAGUGCCGCAGGCUGCAACUCAAGGACAUCAUUCCUAUAGAGAUGCAGCGACUGACCAAGUACCCAUUACUGCUCGAGAAUAUUGCCAAGAACACAGAGGACCUGAUGGAGAAGGAGAGGAUCCAGCAGAGCGCAGAGUGCUGCAGAAAGAUCCUCAACCAUGUCAAUGAGGAGGUCAAAGUGAUGGAGAACCUAUUGACUCUGAAGGACUAUCAGCGCAGAUUGGAUACGUCAGGGCUCAAACCAAGUAACGAGCUUUACACAGAAUAUAAGAACAUUGACCUGACUCAGAAGAAGAUGCUUUAUGAGGGUCCUCUGACCUGGAAAGUCACAAAAGAGAAAGGAAUUGAUGUGCAGUGUGUGCUGCUCGGCGACCUGCUGGUGCUCCUCCAGAGGCAGGACGACAAGAUGGUCCUCAAAUGCCAGAGCAAGAGCAACAUCGCUGUGCAGGAGGGCAAGCAGAUGCUGAGCCCCAUCAUCAAGCUCGACUCAGUCUUUCUCCGUGAGGUGGCCACAGAUCGAAAGGCCUUCUAUGUGAUAUUUACCUGGGACAGCGGUGCUCAGAUCUACGAACUGGUGGCUCAGUCUGUCGGAGAGAGGAGAACCUGGACUGAAGUGAUAAAGUCAACAGUGGAUGAUCUGAAAAAGCCCAUGAGGUUGAAUCAGCCUCCUGGAGGAUCUCCUUCCGCGCUGACUGCCCCUCUGAGCCCGACGGAGAAUGGAGGUUUGAAAAGCAGCAGUGAUCGAGAUAAGGACAGCCUGACGGAUGACAAGUCCUCAGACCCCAGGCACAGGCUGAUUGAUUUCCUGUCACAAGGCUUUGACGUGAUAGGCCACUCCAACAGCGACCAGGAGAGGGUUGCCAACAGUGCUUUGGAUGAAGUCAUGUCGCUGAAAAGGCUACUGGUCGGCAGCAUCAGUCUGUCAGAGGACUCGCAGUCUGAUGAAGAAAAUGGAGAGGAGCCUUCACCCAGUCCAGAAGUGGAUAGCUGUCAAUCAACAGAAGAAAACCAGACAACAGAGAGAGGAGCAGAAGAGAACGGUGAGAAUCAUGAAAAAGAAAAUGCGGAGACGAAAGGAGAGGACGAGAGGAGCAUAAGCGCGCCGCUGGUGUUGUCCCAGGAGAGGAUGGAGGAAGUGUGCAGGAGGCUCCACAGUCUGGAGGAACAUAUAAAGAGAUUACAGACUGUAGAGGAGGAGCACCACCGCUUGCAGGAGGCUCUUUCCAAGUUCUCACUGGAGGGAGGUAACUUCUAGUGAGACACCAUCACGCCACCUGCUGGUCACUAGAUUUUUACUGGUGCUGGUUUGGAGUGCAAGAGUGACUUUCAAAGGCUUCCCUGGAAAUUCCAAAACUUUCAUAAGUCAUGCCUGGACCCACGCUGCCUUAUUUGUUUGUGUCGCAGCUGUUUACAGCUGAGCAGGAUGUUUGCUGCCUGAAGAGAGGGGGUGGGGGGGUUGGGGCUUCGUGCUCUGUGUUCUGUGCAGUGGUUCAAUGGCAGACCAUGGGAGGUGUGUGCAUGUGUAUGUGUGUCUUUGUGUUUGCGUGCAUGCUUGGUAGAGAGGUAAACAAAGAGAAAAAAAAAACAGGACAUCCUACUUUUGAGUGGGUAGCUGCAUUUGCAGAGGGGUGCCAAAACAGAAGCAAUACUGUGCAGAGAGAGAGAGAGAGAGACGCUCCCGAACAAAAUGUUGAGAUCACAUUUUGCUGUAACACACAUACGCACACCAAAGACAUGCACGCUCCAAAACAAUUCACACUGAUGCCAAAAGCAGAUGUAAGGUAAUUGAGAUGUUUCCUUGCCAAUUUAGCUGCACCAAGUUGGAAGCCUCAUGGGCCAAUGUAGCGUUUGAAGAUGUAUUGAAAUACUACUGCUGAUAUAUAGUGUUAUUUCUAGUCUAUGCCAAAGUACCACAAAGAUGCACUUUUUCCUCUGAUCAAAUCAAUUUGACACAUUGUUUUUUGCAGUUCGGCUUCAUAUUUGGGGCCCUCAGGCAUGCUAGGACGUGUGUGUAUGUGUGUUAGAGUCUUUUAAUUAAGGAAGUGCUAUUUCUGGAGGGUUCUUACUGUAAUUAGGUCACAAACAAACAUUUAUAAAUAGUGUCAUUAUCGGUAAUCAUGCUGUUAAUAAUGAGGAGUUGUUUCUAUGUAUGUAUCGCUUUUUUUUUUUUAUUUAUUCUUCUGAGUCCUGGUAGGUCAGUGAGUCGCCUUGCCCAGGUAAAGCUGUUACAGCACUGGGCUAAAAAGACGUAGCAAUGUGUCAGAGACGAAACGAAACAUAGGAAAGCAAACUGAGAAUGUGUAACAAAGAUCGAGGUGGAGAGAGAAGAAGAUUUCAGAGGUGGUUGUUGCUUUGGUUUAUUUGAAACCAGUUUAGACGGUCAGGAGAAGACGUGUAGAAAACAUGAGAUUAGGAUUUGCACUUACUGUACUGAAGGAAAAUGCUGACACACAAGUCCACACACACACACACGCGCACAUAAACCUACGGACACGGAGAGCCAAGUGUUGACAAAGGUCGUUCUACACCAUUUCUGUUGCAUCAAAACUCCAGAUGUGGUUAAACAUUUUAUAACAUAACAUAAAAAUUACAUGUUAUUCGUAAAAAACAACAACAUUCUUCCCUGGUAACAAUAUUUGUAUCCAAAUUGAGCUCAGUCUUUGAAUUUUAUCCACCAGAUGAUUGUAAAUAUGAUCAUGAUGAUAUAAUUUCUAAGCAGUGGCAGAACAUUGGCCAUGCACACAGGACCAAAGACGUGACAAAGCACCGUUGAGCCUCACACAAGCUGUAAUCUUCUUAAUGACAUGUUUGAUCUGUAUAUUAGCAUGUCACUCCAUGCUGACGCAGGAGCGGUGGAGCUGUAGCUGCUUUUCUUCUCCCCGAACUUCAGCAGGUGGCAACUGAGGUGACGGGAUUUCAAAAGCACAAAGAUGAACAAAGGAUUUGUCGUCUGUUUAAACAAACAACAACUGGUUUUCCGUUCUUUAAUGUUUGUUUGAGAAUAAUGAUAAAUGUUGCUCUCGCUUCAUGACCAAACCCAGACUGAAUCUGUAGAUCCCUGAAUUCUUGCUUCAGUGAAUUUCUUCACUUCAGUGUCUGUGUGUGUGUGUCUGUCAGUGUGUAACUGUCACCAGCUUUGUUCUGUUUCUGUCCUGUAUACGAAAACCCCGUCGACACCUCUGGUGCUAAAUUGAACACAUGGGACUUGAGCAGAAAGACGAGACAGUGAAGCCAGAUGAAGACAAAGGAAACGUUGAGAGUUUUGAGGAAGGAGGACGAUAUGUUUUAUUCCAACAUCGUCUUUUCUUUCCAGUACUGUGAUAACAUCCUGAAUCGCAGCCUCGUUGUUGCCACAGCAACAAAUCCUCCUGUGUGACCUCAGUAUGAAAUUGUGCAGAUGCUGGUGCCAUUGGUCACCUGAGCAUCACAAGUUUGGGUUUGAACAUUACUGCCAUCUGUCCCUGUGCCUUCCUCUUAGAGAUUGUAUAUAAAUUAUGUUUUGAAGGAGAAAAAUGUAGAGAAAGUAUAAAUUAGAUACUCCCCCUCCCUCCCUCUCUCCUCCUCCUCAUUGUGUUUAUUAAGCUUAUUAGCGACAUACACCUCUUGAUAACACGCUCACCUGUUUUGAUAGCAUGGUCACCUGUUGCUGCCGCACAGUUUUUCCAUACGAUGUGUAUUUCAUUUGAUGUACUUAAACGGGUCGGGGAGGUUUUUGUUACUGGUUUUUUUUGUUUCCAUUGUUUUUCAAAGCAGCUGUUGUAAUUAUAUGUACUAUGCAUUUGGCUGUAAUGGUGAGAGAGACAGGAUCUGUCUGUAACGCGACUGUACAUGAGCAAAUUCAACUAUGAUGCAAAUGUUGUAACCAUGGCCUUCAGUUAUGAGUGGGACACAUGUAAAGAGAUGAUCUCAACCAGGGAUGUUUUCUGAACCGUUAAACUGCAGCAGUCGGCAGGUGGAAAGCCUUAGCUCUUCACCGGUCGAACGACUACUACAGGCACUUCUCGCUCUCUCUCCUCCAGAUGAUUUCCUCACGUAUUCUAUAUACAAAUACCUAAAUGUAUAGAAAAUGUAUUUAUAGAGUGGUGCCUUGUUCUGACCAUCAAACUGUUCUCGAGGGCUCUCGAAUCCAUAAACUCACUGUCGCUCUGGUGAACUGUCUUGACGAUGAAUGACCAAUUAGCAUUGAGGGAUCAUCCCAGGAUUCUGAUUGGUAGGUUGCAGGGUUUGGAGCUCGGCCUACACAACACGCUGUGUUUGUGUCCAUCUCAAUAAGAGCGAUGAGAUUUGAGCCCUCCAGUGUUGCCUUGUACAGAAAAGACACUGCUUCCUGUCAUGCAGGCAUCUGCCCGCUCGCCUAUCUAUAUACAAAGAAUAUGCAAGAACUAUACUGUGUAUUUGGGUUUUGAUUUUUAUUGUGCAAGAGGCUCUUUAAUGAUGUAUACUUAAGGAAAAUUGUGGUACGUUUGCUUUUUUUUAAUUCUUAAUGUUUUUAAAUAAAUUGGGGAAAUAAAAA